GUGAAGAUGCGUUGCGCACUUUCCAACCUGCAAAUGCUGCACUCCUCUCUUCUUGCAUUGUGGCUCACAGCUCUCCAGGGAUUCAGACCUGCGGAUGCUGCUCCCAAUCCUUCUCCUCUCCUGGGCUCCAACUGGGGGAACCCGCGAAGAUUCAUCCACCUCCAGACCACUUCAGACUUCAACAACUUCUACUUGGAGAUCAGUCUGAACGGACACGUGCGCAAAACUACAAACCGAGGCUCCUACAGUGUAAUAUUAUUAAAAGCGGAGAGCAGAGACCGUCUUGCAAUAUUUGGGGUCAAAAGUAACCGAUUUUUGUGUAUGGAUGCAGGAGGAACUCUUUUCACAUCUACUGUCUGCAACAAGGAAGACUGUCUUUUUCAUCACAAACUUUUGGAAAACCAUCGCGACGUGUACUACUCCACCAAGCACAGCAUGCUGCUAAACCUGGAUGGGGCUAAACAGGUGUUUACAGCCGGCCAAAAUCUCCCUCAGUCUUCUCUCUUCUUAUCAGAGAAGAACACGGUUCCACUAGAGCGCCUUCAGCACCGGGAGAGGAGAAACCGGCAGGUGAAUCCAUCAGACCCACUGAAUGCGCUCCGGAACGGAGAGGCAUCAGACUCCAGAGCAGUUCAAGAGGACGAUGGGGACUUUGACUUCGAACCAUCAGAAGGUCGCAACAUCUCCAGAGAAACCCUCAUUUCCCCUUCCGAUGAUGACCCUUGGGAUCUCCUUCAUGAAAUGAGCCCCAGCAGCCCUCGGAUCUCAGGAGUUGUCGGAUAAUGUUAAUCAUUCUCCAUGGAGUGACUGUGACCCGUCGCUGGUUUAAGUUAAAGAGAGUGGCACCAGAAUAUUUUCCA